ACGAGGAGUGCCGGGAAAGGGCCUUCCUCGGCACUCCGCAAUUUGCGGAAACCGGUAAGUUUCAGACGUCAGAAGAGCGGGCGGCAAACGGGGAUCAUCCGCCCGGGGAGGCGUCGUCGACUGACCGGUGCUUGCCGUCAAGACUGCUGAGGGCAGAGCUCGAGAGGCGAGACUUCAACUUUCCAGCGGCCCAGGUGGAGUUGUUUGUGGAGCACAACGUCAACGGCUGCUGCGAGGCAGCGGACGCGGUUGCGCAAGUGCAGCGUUGGCAGGUCCAAAAGCUGCAAGCGGACGCUCGGAAACGGGCAACCGCAAGCAGGCGGGCUGCGAAUCUGGGGGGAGGGGAACGUCAGGGGGCGGCCGGUAGAGAGACACGGGCUGGUUGUCCGUUGUGCGGAGAAACCGGCCACGGGGAGGCGGCCUGCCCGGCAAGAACGGUCGACGAUGGUGCGGCCAGCAGGGGCGCUCACGACAGUGGAAAGGUGUGCUCCGCCUUUGUCGUCUCGGUGGACUGGCAUGGACGAAGUGCAGCGAUUGGUGAUGACGCUGACUUCUGGUUAGCGGUCGACAACGGGUUUGAACCGGGCAGCAGAACCGAGUUGAGCAUCGAAUGGUUGUCGAUCGGAGCCGCGGCGCCGGAGGUGUACGUUUGGGAACGGGAAGACACGGAGGCGAAAGCUCGUCGUGCGGUUGAGGGCAUCAGAAUGGAGGCGUGCGAGGGUGGCUACAGGCUGCCCGAAAGUGAGCGCAGGAAAGUCCUGGAUGCAGUGGAGGCGUUUCGAGCACGAGAGACGUUGGUCGAGGAGCGAGAACGAGGGCGCUCGCUCUCCGACCUGUGCGGGUUGUGUGAGGUUAACCACGGGGAAGAAGACGAGCAAGUUCUCUGCGAUGGGUGUGAUAGAGGCUUCCACUUAGAGUGUCUAGAUCAGGCGAAAAUAGAGUAUCCAGAUGAUGUCUUAGAAGACGGGGUCGAAUGGUUGUGCUCUGGUUGUGAUGAGAAGUCUGCCCUGUCGGCGGAAGCAGAGAGAGUCUCCGCAAAGGAUGCGAGAAUAAAGGCCAGCAGCACGCCGCUGAAGCGCUUGCUAUACGCACCGCCGGCCGCCGCCGCCGCCACCUCCAACCCCCCGACCUCUCACCGACACUCCGUUUUCUGCUACGCCCCCGCCGCCGUGCCCCACCCCCCGCAAGCGAGGGAAAGAGUCCGUUGGGAAGAACCGAGAAUGUAG